UGACCUUGUUCUAAAUAUUUAUUAAAUUGUUGGGAACUUUACGUUCACUCUAUAGAAAAAUCAAUUUUUUUUUCACAAAAUGAGCUCGGAAAUCAAUCCGCCGGAACCGAACCCAGACGAGGAAGUGGACACCGUCCCGGAAGCGGAACCAUCUCCCCCAAGAUUGGACGAGAACGACGGCAACAAGGAGGAAAUCCAUUGGCAGCAAGCGAUCCAGGUCGCUAAAAAUUUCGAAAGCAAUUGCAGCAGUCGAAUGGUGGAAGAUCCGGUCGGUGCAUUUUCCGGAGGACUUAAAAUGCGACUUCAACUGAGAACCCGAAUGUCACCAUAUCUGGCCAGUCGUCCAAGGUCGGCGAUGGUUUCGCAGUUUCUUAAUGCGGCCAUGACCAAUAAUACAGAGCUGUUGAGGGAAAUGAUCGAAAAAGGAUUCAGUCCUGAUACAAGGGAGCCCACCUUUAAUCGAUCGGCUUUGCAUGUUGCCUGUAGCAGAGGAUUCACAGAUUCGGUUCGGUUGUUACUCGAGGCUGGUGCUAAUCCUAAUAUUAGAGAUCUCAAUGAGAACACUCCACUACAUUUGGCAUCCUGCACUGAGAAUUUCGCUAUCAUUGAUUUACUUCUGAAGUAUGGAACCAAUGCCACAUUAAAGGACGCCAAUGGCCUAAUGGCCUUGGAGAUAGCGAUUGGAAAGCUUCGUUUGUCAGACCGAAUCAUAUCGAAGAUGCAGAAGCUCACCAAAAGUGACAUCCACACGCAUCGGAACAAUGUGGUCAAAGUUUGCGAAAUGAUUUUCAAAGUUUUCAAGGCACAAGUACGCAGCGGAAGUUUGCUAUAUCUCGACCCGAGUCAGGCGGGUCACAUGCAUCAGCGACAUCUGGAGGAAAUGCUCGAAGAGUUCGAUCAACAGCUCGGGAAGAUUAAAGAUCGAGGAAUAGAUUUUGAUUCGAUUGUCGACCAGGUGGAAAAUUUGAAUCUAAGAACCGAAAUUGAUAGCGACGUGAAUUCGCUACUUUCGACGCUUCAAAAACUGUCUGUUUGAAAUGGUUUAUUACUUUUCAAAUGGUUUAGACGCGGAUAUCGGUUUCAACAUUCCAAAGUAGAAAUUUUAAUAGUUUUGGUUUGCUGUGCUAGUCUCGUUUAUCGGAUACCAUGCGUGCUUUUAUAAGUGAUGGUAGAUUUAAAUUUAAAAGGAGAAAAUUUCUUUUAAGUUCAUCACGCAACAUACCCAGAAAAAAAAUGUCCUCUUAUAAUAGUAAUCACCUAGUUAAUUUAAUAUAAAUUAUACACAGAGUAAAGAAACUUAAAAAUUAA